AUGCGAAGAACGUUCACAAAUUUGUUUGCCGGCUUGUUGUGCGUAACAACUGUUCUCUAUUUCUUUCUUUACGACGCAGGCAGUCGAGUUCGGACUUUUUUGGCAAAGGGCACCGGGCAAAUUCGACUUUUCAACCAUUUUCCGCCGCCAGAAGUGCCUCACAAGACCGUACAUGUGGAUAAAAAUCGCCCUGUUGUUGUUAUCGGCGAUAUACACGGAUGCUUUGAUGAAUUUGAAGAUCUCCUCGACCUGGUCAAAGAGGAAGUCUACGGUGGUAGGGCUGGAAACUUUGCCUUGCAACUCUUUCUUGUUGGGGACUUGGUUAACAAAGGUCCGAAGUCCGCUGAAGUUGUCAAAAAGGUUCGUGAAAUGGUGGAAACUGGAAGCACUCAUGUUGUUCGCGGUAAUCACGAAGAAGCGUUGCUGGAAGAGUGGUCCACCACAAAUUCUUUGACAAGAAGAUCCAAGUACAGUUACAUUAGCAAGUUGUCCUCUACUGACAUUGAGUUUAUCCUACAACUUCCGUACACGAUUUCUAUUCCAGCACUUGGAUGGAUGCUCGUUCACGCGGGAUUAGAUCCACAGAAGAGUCUUGAACAUCAAGAGCCUGACUACAUGGUCCGCAUGCGCAAUUUUAACAAUGACAAGCCGACCCAUCUCAUCGACGAAGGCGAGCCUUGGGUCACCCGAUGGGAAAAUGAAGGCGAGUUCCGCGUCAUCUUCGGUCACGAUGCCAGAAGGCGACUUCAACAAGGCGAGAACUAUCUUGGUCUGGACACGGGAGUUGUUUACGGCGACCGGCUAACUGCUCUUAUUCGAUUUCCUACAGGAGAAGAAAAAUUUCUGUCAGUACCGGCGAAAGAAGCAUAUGAACCAAUCAAAGGAGUGAUGUACCAUCGUUAA